ACUUUUGCAUGCAAUUCCACCUUUUCCUUUUAGGCUUUUGAGGUGGAGCCUGCGAGCCCCCGACUUCUUCUGAGGGAACCGUGGCAGAAGCAGACCAAGGGAUUAUUCGAGAGAGAGAGAGAGAGAGAGAGAGAGAGAGAGAGAGAGACUGGACCAAUCCAGUGUAUGAUUACAUAGGUUGGUUAACUCUUACCGCGCACACAUACCCCUACAGGGUUUUCUGAGGUAAACAUCAAAUCGGUUGAACACUGUUCCCAGGACAUUGUUUGAACAUCUGAUACCGACUGGACCUCACAAGAUGAAUCGGAUCUUAUUAGCAACCCUGUUUUCCGUUGUCUGGGCUGAGAGGACGCCUAGGCUGAAAUUUGUUAUCCAAGAAACAAACAGGUUUCAUUUCGAGAAACCAGAGAACUACAUGACUGUGUACCACAAGCAGGGAACUGAUGUCCUCUUCGUGGGAGGCCAGGCAGUUAUCUACAUGCUGACAUUCACUGACAAAGGAGUCCGAGACACGAAGAUCCCAGUAGUCACGAAUCAAAAUGCUAAGGAAGCGUGUAUCGCCAAAUCCACUUGGGGCAAGCUGGAGUGUGAUAAUUUCAUCACCGUCAUUGAGGAAGUCAACGAUACGUUUGUGGUUUGUGGAACGAAUGUAGGCAUUCCCAAAUGCUGGUUUUUGAAUAACACCGUGCUCAGCGAGGUGCCCAAGGAUGCACGCAUGGCCCCGGCGUCAGACAUCUCUCCUCCCUUCCCCUCUCAUCGAUCCAUCAGCCUCUCAGCAGAGGGGAGUCUGUACUCUGCCCUGUCGGCGGUGGAUCAGCAGAAAGGCUCUAUCCGCCGCGUCUCUGGGGCUGGUCGGCUGCUGAAGACUGAGAACAAGUGGCUCCUCAAUCCCCAGUUUGCAGGAGCAGCAGUGAUCCCCGCAUCACACAAAUACAAGGAGGAGAUCUAUUUCAUCUUCAGUGAGAUCAACAAGACAGCCAGUGUGGACGAUGAGCCCUAUAGGGCACGCAUUGCACGCGUCUGCUUGACUGAUGAGGGAGGUGUGAAGAACAUCCUUCCUGACUCCUGGACCACCUUCCUGAAGGCUCGUGUGAUGUGCGGCAGUGGGAACACCCCUCAGCAGUACAACAACAUCAAACAGGCCUACAUCCUGACCGCACAGGAGAAGAGGACUGGCAUCAUGUAUGGCCUUUUCUCCAAUGCCUGGGAGAAAACAGUAGUGUGUGCCUACUCCAUUGAAGACAUUGACCAGGCCUUCUCCACAUCCAAACUGAAAGGCUACAACAGCCCUCUCACUGGACACCGCCCUGGAACAUGUACCAUGAACACCACAGCACCCCCUAACACCAAGAUCCUUGAAGUCAUCAGAGAUCACCCUGAGAUUGAGGAUGUGAUACGACCGAUCGGUGGUGCUCCUUUGGACUUGCCCACUGAGGACCAUUUCACCCAUAUCGUCAUGGACACAGCAUUGGCUGUCAAUGGCGAACACUACAGUGUGGUCUAUCUCGGAACAGAGCAGGGGAAGGUCCUGAAGGUCCUGCACACUCUUGACGAGGCGUUCAUCAUUUCACAAUUCUCUCUCUUCCACAACGAGGGACCAGUCCUUAGCAUGGCCAUAGACUCCCAGAAGGGUCACCUCUAUGUGGGCACCUCCACGGAGAUCCAACGUGUUCCUCUGGCAGACUGCAGUCGCUAUGGAGACAGUUGUCGAGAGUGCAUUCUGUCUAGAGACCCUUACUGCGGAUGGGACCCUGCUAAGAAGAAGUGCUUGGCCAUCCCAGCCGGAUACAACAUUACUACGGGUGCACUCAGCCAGAGCCUUGAUCAGUCCAAUGCCUCGAUUUGUGGGGAUGUUAAAGCCAUGAAGAGCCGAACCACAGUGCCCAAAGAUGUGAUCGUUGACUCCAAGGGUCCUGUCCUGCUUCCGUGCCCGAUCCGCUCCUACCACGCGACCUAUCGCUGGGAAAAGGACAACUUUAGCAAGCGCUAUCCCUGCACCGUCUCAGGGACCUCUUGCGUGCUGGCGCCAUCACCUGACCUGCCGCUGAAGGAAGGCGUGUUCCGAUGCAUGGCCGAGGAAGAUGGCUUCAAACAGGAAGUGGUGUCCUAUCGCCUGGUGUACAACGGCAGUCCACUUCCUGCCUCCUUUGCCUCCACCCUCAGCCUGUCUGUUCUGUUGGCUGCAGCCACCCUUUGGCUUCUGUAGGUGUGUAUUUCCCCCCCCCCUCCCCCCUGGCCAAUUUGCUGGUGAAUGAUGGAUGAGAUGAUCUCAAGGUUAGGUUUCGCAGAGCAGGCGUUUGCAGGUCGGGUGAAUUGAUGAGGGGAACUGCUGCAGUUGAACCACUCUGUGUCAUUUGUGGCUGUUUACAACCCACGUAAAUUCUAGGGGUUUAAGUACUUUGGUCUGGUCUCGAGACUAGAAAUGAAUGGCCUUGGUCUUUACACUGUUCUCCAACGUGAAUUUUUACGCAACCCUCGUCUCGAUAUCAUCAGAAACCUGAUCUGAUUUAUGAACCAAAAAUUAUAGAAAUCGUUUUGUUAAAGAAAAUUCAGUAUUCUUUGCCCCACUCAUGCAACUGCAGCACCCCUGCUAUAUAUAGCAGUUUAUGUAUCGCUGUCCUGUGCAUGCACCCCUCAGUCAACCGAAGCACAAGAUCAAGAUCAUAAUUUAGAGUUAGCAAUAAUCCAUUUGGCUUAUCGAAAACAAAGUGUUCUGUUCAAGAAAUCAAACAAAAGGAAAAGGCACUGUGGACUACUUAUAAAGCCUUAGUGGCUAAUAUCAUGUGGAAGAACACAAAGAAAUGUUGCUAACAGUAAUGGCAGUUAAUUUUGAUAACUAGUUGAUAAUAUUGUGUGGCUCUGUUACCAGUUUCCUUGUCUUAUUUGUUAGCAUUCUAUCUCCUGGCUAUUACGGUAGUUUCAAGAAAGUAGAAGUAUUUUGAGUUGUAAUUGAGUCUCAUAACAACUCAAAUUAAUGGUCUUGGUCUUGUUGUGCUUUCGGAUAAUUUUCUACCCCACCCUGAUUGUUCUGGCCCAUGACAGACUCAAAUGUGUGGCUGAUACAAGCCAAGACCAUAGAUCAUCCAUUUGCGGCGUAGCAUUUUGCAAUAUGCCAAAUAAAGAGCAUGCCCAUCUGAACACAUACAACAACUAGAGAUACAUCCCUUGCUUCCAGUACGUCCUGAGUACUGUAAAGGCUUUCUCCCUAAAAAUGCACUUGAGAUGGAAGUGGGAGAUGUGUUGUGGUGUGAUGAGGUGAUAAGGUGUGUGACAAGCAAAGGGACGAUGCUCAUAAAUAAUCUGAUGAUGCCUUUUUUGUUGUUUUUAGUAGUAGGUCAGUUAGGUCAUUUUCAUCUUUCUCAGAUCUCAUGGUUUAAUGAGUGGCAUCGUCAACAUACGGAACCAUAGCAAAGCUUGGCGUAGUGCUAUAGAGCUCAAAACACUGCAGAACACUGUGGGCCGAUACUGGAAGCCAGUACCAAUGAUUGGCUAUUCGACUGGUGUGUCCUUACGUCACUGUUUAUUGACUUAAAAGUAUAUUCUUUAUAAAGAGGGUGGCGUCAGGGUAAGCUGUGUUUCUGUUGGCUGUAGAGGGCUUGGCUGAAAAGGUUUGAGCUGCGCUUAUGUAUCUAAUCGACUGAUGGACUUCUACCCCUCUCUCCUUCUUUGUUAUAGUGUUAAAUUGGUAUUUCUUUGGUCUUGACUGGUACUUGGUCACCUAGAUUCUGCAAUGGUCUAAGUCAUCACCAUUUGUUGGUCUUGGUCUUCUCUUGGGCUUGACUCGGACUUAGAUCUUGGUUAUGACUUCAAUCAUGGACGUUAACACAGCACUGGUAAAAUCCUACAUUUCUGUUGAUUCACCGACGAAGCCUAGAAUUUGCCUGAGGUUAAUACAUUUACUAAUGUUAUGUUAUGUUACCUUUGUAUUAAAUUAAUGAAUAAAAAACAGUGUACUGUACAAUUGUUGAAGUUAUCGCAUCAUAGUAUGCAUUUAGAAUACAAAUAUGUAUUCACUUAGAUGAUAGAUUGUUUUAUACUCAUAUACAAUUUAUGUCAUGUCUUGCCAAACAUAUCGUUUUUGUAUAAUUUUUAAAAACUAACUUUGCGAACCUAUCUUGGGAUGCUACGGAAGGCUUCAUUUAUCUUUUGCAUUGGAACAAGCUUUGAAUCUCGUAGAAUUUACAAAUUCUUAAAGCUUGAAGAUAUUAUAUUGCUAUAAUAAUGACAACUAAUAAAUCCUCAACAGAAUCAUUCUGGAAAGCGGAGAACUGGAACUAAAAGCCUUAACAUAUAUGGGAUGGUAUCCCUAAGCACAAUUCACAGUGAGAGCAUAACUGUAGUGAAUCUGUUUGAGACAUGGCUUUGUGCAUGCCAUAGAGCCUUACUUUCAUUUAUGGUAUUGCAAAGUAAGACAACCCCUACAGGAGCUACAGGUAUCGAGCCUGUGUAUGUCACUGUGUCCUAUCCCCAUCACGGCAGACUCUGUGUCAUUUGCCAGAGAGCAUUCCAUAGUCCUAUGCCUUGGCUUUUCCCAGUUGAGGUCAUUUUAAGUGAGGGUCAAGUUCAUUUGAGUAGAUGAAAUGUAGAAUUGCAUUUUGUAGUUGCUAUGAAAAGGUGCUUGUGGCUAUAUAUCAAUACAUAAGUAUUGUGUAUUUUGUUCUGCUCUGCAAAUGCCUACUUCCACCAUUGCUGCCUAUGUACAUUUCCUAAAAACUGACAUACUAUAUAUUAGUUGUGUACUAAGGAACCAUACACCAAACACUAACAAGACCAUCACACAAUGGAAAGUACUUUGACAGAGAAAGGGGUUAUUUGCCUACUUUGUGAGUGGUAAGAAACUAAAAAGUACAUUAACCAUCAGAGGUUGAAAUGGAGCAUCAGAUAGUAAUUAUACCCAGUAGAGACUUUCAACCAUAAGUGUGCUAAUAGGUUGUGCUGUAAAAUGGAGCAAGUCUUGUUAUUUCUGUAACUAUGUCUCUCAUAACAGCUGACCCCAAAUACCAGUGCGUUUUUUAUCCUUUAUUCUUCCCAACAUACAGUAUUAACCCAUCAGAACUACCGAUAUCAGUGUCUAAUUCAACAGACGUGUUUUGAAUGUAAUUAUGAUAGUUAGACCUUUGCUUGCUCUUGCGGCCCUGAAGUGGCUAAUGCUUCCCCUUUUGUCCUUUUGUAGUGUUAUCAAAUGCCAAGAUAGUGAUACAGUACAAGUGCCAUAUUUAAGUACUCUGUCUGUAUUGCUCUGCUGCAUUGUGUUUUGGGCCCAGACAACAUGUAACAGCCCAGAGUAGCAGCUGCCCAAGGCCAGAACAAGCUUUAGUGGCUGUGCUAUAUGACAAACGCAAUGCCCAGACUAAUGCAGAAUAUCAGCUAAACACGUUGACAAACAGCAUAACAUAUUUGCUAUGUGAGUGUGCUUGAUCUGUCAUCUGCAUUAAAUGAAUACAUGUGAGGAACAUUGACAAACUUUGCUUCAUAUGAUUAUACCUAUAUACAUUAUUGCUUUCUUUACACCAUGAAAUUGCUGUAUCUGUUUGUCUUUGUGUCUUAUCCUUUGUGUCGACAACUGUCAUACAGACACAUUAUCAACAAACACACAUACACAUGCAAACCAUUACAUUUAAUGGAUCCACACUUCCCUAAAAACAACAAUUGUAUUUGCACCUUCAGUGUCCAUAACAUACUAUGUCUACGAGGCAUAGUGUGGCACAGUGAAAGGAAUCAAUGUAAACAUUAGGAGUCUUGGUUAAACAGAAGCUAGAUGACUCCAGUUUCAUAUUGCUUCAAGUAAAAUCAUAACACAUGAACACACUUGUACUUGUAUUCAUAUGAAUUUGGCUCUAGAUAUGUUUCUAAAUGGGCACCAAAUCACUAUGACAACAAAUGUUCCUUCAUAUUAUUGAAUUUUUAAAUAAGAGACACUGCUAGUCGCAGCUGAUGCUACUGUCAUGCAUACACCCCCCUUUGAAUUGCAGGAAGGAUAAUUUCCUGUCAUAAAAAUGUGUUACAUGUUACAUUUGCACCACAUUUUGCCCAGGCCAAAUAUGUGAUUUGUUUUUUAAUUUUUAUUUAGAUAACAUGAUUGUUGUAUGGCCUCGUGGUACAUCAUGUCAAAUGCCAAAAUAAAUUUACCAGCAUUUAUUUUUUUAACAGGACAGAUGUCUGUAUAAAACGCAAUACAUCCAAACCUUAUCAUGUAUCAUCAACAUAGGUUCCCUACACUGAAAAUGUACAGCGAAAGAAUAAAGUAUUAAACAAAAAGGAAUGGAAUUUUCAUGCAUUCUCUUUUAUUUCUUAACUUUUAUUUCUAAUCACAUGUACUUCUGAUUGCUUUGAUGGUGUGUUCAGGCUCAAACAUAAUGAUGGCUUUGAAUUCAAACAAAAAAUAAAAAUGUGAAGUCAAAAUA